GUUUGUUUUAAAGACACUGACAUUUUCGCUGCUGUUUUAUUUAUUGAUCCGAUUGUGCUGGUGACUCGAGCCUCCCGAGCCCCGGCUGGCGGAUUGGGAUGAAGGCGCCUCGCUGAAUGGCCACCAUGGAAGGAUCUAGCGGGUCGAGCUUUGGAAUAGACACAAUUUUGUCUAAUACCAGUUCAGGCAGCCCCGGCGUGAUGAACGGAGACUUUCGCCAGCACAGCGAUGCCAGGACCGCGGAUUUUAGAAACCAGGCCACCCCGUCCCCAUGUUCGGAGAUAGACACAGUAGGGACGGCUCCUUCCUCCCCCAUCUCCGUCACCAUGGAGCACCCCGAGUCGCAUCUGGGGCCAGAACACCAUCACCUCCACCACAGCCAGCAGCCGCCGCAAAGUUUGCAGCCCUCACCCCCCCAGCAACAACAGUUGGGCUCGGGCAACUCUGCCCCCAGGACUUCCACCUCUUCUUUUUUAAUUAAAGACAUUUUGGGCGACAGCAAACCGCUGGCGGCUUGUGCACCUUACAGCACCAGUGUCUCCUCUCCCCAUCAUACCCCCAAACAAGAGGGCAACGCAGCCAGCGAGAGCUUCAGGCCAAAACUCGAGCAGGAGGACAGCAAAACCAAACUAGACAAACGCGACGAUUCCCAGAACGAGAUCAAAUGCCACGGGACAAAAGAAGAAGGCGACCGGGAGAUUACAAGUAGCCGGGACAGCCCCCCAGUCCGAGCGAAGAAACCUCGCAAGGCGAGGACGGCCUUCUCCGACCAUCAGCUCAAUCAGCUGGAGAGGAGCUUCGAGCGGCAGAAGUAUCUGAGCGUGCAAGACCGCAUGGACCUGGCUGCGGCUCUCAACCUCACCGACACGCAGGUCAAAACCUGGUACCAAAACCGCAGGACGAAGUGGAAGCGGCAGACGGCGGUGGGACUGGAGCUGCUGGCUGAAGCUGGGAAUUAUUCUGCUCUCCAGAGGAUGUUCCCCUCGCCCUAUUUCUACCACCCGAGCCUGCUGAGCAGCAUGGACAGCACGACAGCGGCUGCAGCUGCUGCAGCUAUGUACAGCAGCAUGUACCGGACUCCCCCAGCGCCGCACCCCCAGCUCCAGCGGCCACUGGUGCCCCGGGUACUCAUCCACGGCCUAGGGCCCGGGGGUCAGCCCGCUCUCAACCCCUUGGCUAACUCUAUCCCGGGGACCCCGCACCCCCGGUGAGAGCUCAUCGCUGGCCCAGCCACCAACCCCCACCCGUCCCCCCAAUAAAAAACCGAUCGCCAAAAGCAGGAGCUAAGCAGCCGCGGGGGAGAGGAAAGGGGCCAGGAGCAGACACGAGCCAGCCGCGGAGACGACUCAGUCAGAGCAGGGACUCUUGAACCACGAACCCAGAGCCGAGCCAGUCAGUGAAACACACAGAUCCAGCGCCCCAGCCGCAAGUUCUCAGGCGAGAGAGCGAGAGGCAGCGGGCGGGAGGGCGCCAGCCCCGAGCCAGCAGAGACUCUGGAGGACCGAGGGCUACAAAGAAAAACACAACCCCCCGAGACUCCGCGCGGAAGACCAGGGGUAACGGAGAGCUUUGCACUGAUUUCUCAUGACCUUUUUUCGUAUUGAAAAGUGGCAUGCUCCGUAAUCGGAAAAAGAAAUGUACAGUUGACCAGACUGCGUGCUAAGUGAUAUAUCAUAUUUAUUAUAUGUCGUCAAAAAUCCACUUAUAUACCUGACUCAAAGUACAUCAUCUCUCCCCUCUCCCUUUUCCAUGUCUUUUUGAAUUCAGUAAAAUAAAUGCUUAGGUGACAAAAUAUAGAUUUUUUUGGUGACUGAAAAUUACAAAAAAAGGGCAAGAAACAAGAAAUAAACUAUCUUUUUGUAACAAAAAGCGGAAAUCCAAGUAAGCUGAUUUUUCUGGUGACUAGAAUGCGAGGCAUUCGGGUUCGAAAACCAGAGCCCCUCGUUUUUGGGCCCCGGUUCACUGACCUCUAAGAUUUUUAUGUUUGGUUUCUAGAUUUUAGAAGCCCCCCCUUCCCAGGUAUUGCUACUCGAGUCUUUAUUUUAAACCUUUUCGGGCGUUUUUAAAAGCUGAGAGAUUUCUUUUGUUAGCGGGAUUCAGUCGUUCCAGAAUUGCGUGAGGGACAGACAGAUGCUUUUGAAAGGAUCCUUUCGCUGGGGUUUCAAGCAGUAGCUGUGGUCUGUUCUCCCCCUCUAUGUGUGUUUCUCCCCUUCCUGAAUAUGUAAGAAGUGGGGGAGGAAACUGAAUGGUUUGCAAGGUUGGAUGGCCUGAUGCCUGGGAAACAGGAAUGUGGUCCCUAGCCUAGCAGCUGUUGCAGAGCAGCAGAAUGCUUGGGAGAAGCGAGCAGGACAGACAGCAAGCGUGAGGCGGCUGACUGUGAGCAAUUAGGAGCGGGGGGGAGGAGCAGGGAGAGAGAAUCAAGCCAGAUCCAGCCCAUAAAACCGUGCAGAUCUUUGGGCUUCUCUCUCCUAGCCAAUUUCGCUCCUUACACAGAGCCGCGCCGGCAAAGCCUUCUUACAUUGACUCCUGCCUUUU